AUGGCAGAAAAGAACCUUCAACAACCUAUGGCAACACAGCUCGUGGCACCUAACGAGGAGGCGCAACAUGCUGCUGAUGAUGAGAAAUCCAUGACUCUCAUCCAAGCGAUCAAGCUUUAUCCAAAAGCGGUCGGCUGGUCGGUCGUCCUCUCGAGUGCUCUGAUCAUGGAAGGGUAUGAUCUUGCGUUGCUAGGGAGUUUGUACGGCAGUCCUCAGUUCAAUCGCAAGUACGGAGUGUUCAACGCUGCUACUGGCAAGUACAGUGUUCAGGCGAGUUGGCAAAGUGCUCUAUCGAACGGAGCACGAGCCGGUGAAGUGAUCGGCUUGUUCAUCAAUGGAUUCGUCAGUGAGCGUUAUGGUUAUCGGAAGACCAUGAUUGGUGCUCUGAUGUCGAUGACUGCCUUCAUUUUCAUUCUUUUCUUUGCACCUAACGUUCAAACACUGGUCAUUGGCGAGGUCUUCUGCGGGAUACCCUGGGGCAUGUUCCAGACUCUCACAACGCAGUACGCAUCGGAAGUCGCGCCUGUACGCCUGAGACCGAUUCUGACCACAUUCGUCAACAUGUGCUGGGUAAUGGGACAGUUCAUCGCUGCGGGUGUAAAUCGCGGCUGCGUUCAACGUCCGGACCAAUGGGCUUAUCGUAUUCCUUUCGCUAUACAGUGGGUCUGGCCCAUACCAAUCAUGGUCGGUGUCUUCCUCGCACCUGAGAGUCCUUGGUGGCAUGUUCGAAAAGGGGACAAGGCAGGUGCUAAAGCUGCAUUGCUUCGUCUAACUUCGCCGGACAAGGACCCAAACUUCAACGCCGAUGAAACAAUCGCCAUGAUUGAACAUACCAAUGAAAUGGAAAAGAACAUGUCUGAAGGAACACGAUGGACGGACUUGUUUAAGGGGACAGAUCUCCGACGGACCGAGAUCAAGGCGGGUCUCCCAACGGUGCAAUCGUUCAACAUGUCGAUGAUCUCGCUGGCCCUUGGCCUAAUCGGUACCGCUGGCUCUUGGUGGUUGAUGCAGAAGUUCGGCCGGCGAACGAUCCACUUCUCGGGUGGCUGCACACUGUUUGUCAUCCUGAUCAUCGUCGGAUCAUGCUCUUUCGCUGGCACGCAAGCGUCCAAUUGGGCCAUUGGAGCGGUUCUGAUUCUUUUCGUCUUCGUGUAUGACUUCACGAUCGGUCCGGUAACCUACUCAAUUGUUUCGGAGAUGUCAUCCACGAGAUUGAAAGCGAAGACCAUCGUUCUCGCCCGCGCACUUUACAACAUCUCGAACAUUGUCGUCAACGUUUUGACGAAUUAUCAGCUCGGCGAUGCCAAUUGGGCUUGGGGUGCGAAAACGGCAUUCUUCUGGGCUGGUACCUGUGGUUGCGUUGUGGUAUGGGUCUAUUUUAGACUGCCAGAACCGAAAGGCCGGACGUACGGUGAGCUCGACAUGUUGUUUGAGCAGCGAGUAAGUGCCAGGAAGUUUGAUAGCACUCAAGUUGAUCCGUACGGGCAUGCACGCGUUGCUGAUGAGAAGGGUGCUGCGAACCCGGAAUGGAAGGAGUGA